CGGGUGUGGUGGUGUGGUGAAAUGUCUAGGUGUGUGCCUGGCCAAGACCAACCCAAAGUCGAGGCUGGGCUGGAUCUGGGCUUUGCUUCCACCUUUCUGUACAGUACCUGUUGCCCCUUGUUAUUAACGCACACACCCGCUUUUCUUUUGCCCCUUCUGGCACGAGGAAAGGUUCUGUUUUCCACUCCCAACAUACUGCUGUUCUACAACGCUAGCCCAUAUCCUGCCCUUUGUUCCCCCCUCGCGCCUCCUCUUUUUUCUUCCCUUUUUUUUCCUUUCUUCAGUCAUCCACUCACGUUCCUUUGGCCUACGCUGCCGCUUGCGAUCACAAUUUGAUCACGCUUCACUAUCCUUCAUCAAACCGAGUUUUGAAAGAACCUUUGUUCUGUUCCCUUCAUUCUGCUUGCAGCAAGGUCGCGCAGUAAACUUCAAGAACGGCGCAUUCACUUUAGUCCGGCUUAGCAUCGAGCCAUCCUGACUACCGUUCUACUUCAACUGCCGACAUUUUACUCAUCCGAGUAUACCAUUCACGGCACUUUUGCAUCACACACAUUUACAUUCAAUCAACUUCUUAUGACACGAUCCUUUUGAAGUGACUUUUUCGGCUCAUAAAUUAGAACCUUUUCUGAGCUUGUUCGACAGCGCACAAAUCAACAGAAACUUCAUGUUCACGGACUGCAGACGGAGAAUCUGAAGAGAAAAAAAAAACGACGCCCAAAAAGAACUACUAUCAACCGCUGCAAUGAGGUCAGCGACCUACUUGUCGGCCAUGGCCGCCAUGAUGGCCUCUGGAGCCGUUGCAAAGUCGGAGCUCACCUGGAGCCAUGUCAUGUUCGGCGAUAUUCCUGUGAUGCUUGAAGGUCGUGUCGACCCCAUCGUCAACCCUGGCGUGCCUUCUAUGCACGUGCACAGUGUAAGCGGACCGAACAACUUCAACAUGAACUCGACUGGCGAGUCCCUGGUCAAAGCAAAGUGCACCUCAGCAGACGUCAAGGGCGAUAUGAGCGCAUACUGGAUGCCAAAGGUCUAUUUCCACGACGAGAAGGCCGGACACUACGAGCCCGUUGAUGUCUUUUACAUGAAAGCAUACUACCACUUCAGGCCUACCGAUGACAAGAUCAAGGCUUUCCCGCUGGGUCUCCAGAUGGUUUCUGGCGACGCUUCGCUGCGAGAGGCACCCAAGAACAAGGGCAAGGUUGGCUGGUAUGUCGAAAACGGCGUGGAGCCCCAGCCUGCUUCGUUCAGCUGCCCCCGCUCGCAGUCAUCCAUAGCCGCCUCUCGGUAUGCCUGGCCUCAGGACUCCGAUGGAAGCAAGAGCGGCUUCAUUGGUCCGGACCCAAACAACCUUGAGAAGGGUGUUGGCUUCCCUUUCGCCGAUUGCGACGGCUCCAACUCUCCUCUCCGUGCCGAUCUCCACUUCCCAUCCUGCUACGAUCCGAGCAAGGGCUUGACUAACUGGAAAGAGAACAUGAAGUGGCCCGUCAUGGAUUUCAAAACCUGGAGGGAAAACUGCCCCAAGGGAACCGUUCACGUGCCGCAGCUCUUCCUUGAGGUCUACUGGGACACCAAGAAGUUCCGCGACCGCUGGACCCCCAACUCUGGCAAGCAGCCUUUUGUCCUGUCCAAUGGUGAUCGCACUGGUUUCUCUCUGCAUGGCGACUUCAUUUCGGGCUGGGAUGAGAAGGUCCUUCAACAGAUGAUUGAUGGCUGCAACGCCCAGCACGCUGGACUCAAGGCCUGCCCCGGUGCUCAGGAGAACAAGCAGAAGUGCAAGAUCGAUGAUGACAAGCCCGUUAAGGAAGAGAUCACGGGAAAAUUGAAGAACCUUCCUGGCGACAACGGUCUCUUUGGCUGGGGAAUCACCGCCCCCAAGCCCUCUGGUAACGAUAGUCCCCUUCCAGACUACCAGGAGAAGCCGAAGCCGGUCUCGCCUCCGAGUAACGAACAGCCGAAGCCGGCUCCGAAGGCCGAAGAAAAGCCUCCUGCCCAGGAGCCCCCGGCGCCGCAAGUGACGUCGCCACCGGUCGAGGAGCCGCCGAUGGAGGUGGUCACCCCCAAAGUGAUACAGACUACUGACGCUGCCGGAAAACCCACUCAGGUAACGGUGUGGGAAACAACAACAAAGUGGGUGACAAAGACGGUGUACGAGGGGGAGCCGGUGGCGACGGCAAAUCCAAAGGCAAAGCAAAACGCCGCUGGGUGGGCCGCCGCGGGCUGCUACCGCGAUACACGCGAUAGGGUUCUGCGGGGCGACCAGCGCCCGACCUUGGGCCCGAUGACAAACUCCAAGUGCGUUGAGCACUGCAGCAGCAAGGGCUUCAGCAUCGCCGGUACCCAGUACGCUAGCGAGUGCUACUGCGGUAACGAGAUUGCGGGCACUGCGAAGAAGAUCGCAGACACUGACUGCAGCAUGGCCUGCGAGGGUGAUGAUGCAGACAAGUGUGGCGGCGACUGGGCGCUCAGCGUCUUUGCCAAAGACACCUCCGCUCUUCAGAAGAAGUCUGUGGAUGUCAACAGCCACAACAAGAGACACCUGCACAACCACAUGCUUCACCACCGGAGCAACAAGGAACAUUUCCACCCCCGUCGGAGAUAGACUUAGAGAGCGACAUGCGUAUACCCACCCCCCGACAGCACGUUCUGGAAUUUUUGUUUUUAUUUCGCUUCUACAUACAUAACCAUCUUAGCUCGGCGGCUUGGAGAAAAAACGGACAUAGACGACAGUGGGGAGUUGAUUCCUUGGGAGCCUACAAAGGACGAGGCACAUGGAACGGAUGGCGCAGAUUAUUUGCUUUGUUUUUUCUUCUUUUUUUCUGCAAUUUACUUUUUUUGAAUUUAUUCUUCCCCAUCAUGCUUUGUCGAUCCUUCUGGGAUCUUCUUUCCAUGUCAAUGUCAUCAUCAUGAUGACGGGCUUAUCCGCAGGCAGCGGCUAGGUCUAUUUCACUUCUUUUUCGCCUUGGUGCGAUCUCUGGGGUUGUUCUUCAGUACCAGAUAUUCUUCUUGGACCUCGGACUUUGCUUAUCUCCGGGGUGACGCUCACACUUGGUUCACGCGCUAGUUGUGACUUGGCGCGAGUGAGCGACGGGUUUAGGAAAAAAUCUCAACUGCUUGCUCUUAGGCAGUUGGUUUUUUUUCGGAUCCCGUCUUCUUUUCUUUGAGUGUACGGGCCUUUACCUUGCUCAUUGUUUCCGUUCUUGAUUUCUAUUCUUUUCUGUCUCGGCUUCAAGUCUUUACAUACCAAGGCUGUAUUGGAGUUUGGAAGGGACAGUAUGGCUUUUGAAAUGACCAGUUAUGACGAUUUGCUUUUGUGAUCACAGUUGGUGGUGACGAAAAUAGGAGCGACUUUUUAGAUGAUUUUUUUACGAGGAGAUAUCUGGAAAUGAAUGAAGAAGAACCAAUGUUUUUCAUGAACAUACAAUUGACUUGCUUGUCUUAUUUCAGUUUAUUGUU